AUGUAUCCUUCCAACCAGGACCCUCCAUCUCGUCGGCAACACCGCCAUCCUUCAAUGUCCUCUCACUAUCAUGACCUUCCUGAUCAGUCUGUUCACCAUCAGGAGAGCACGGCCUCAUCCAGUGCUCGUCGGAGGGUCGAUCAUCACCGGCAACAGCAACCCGGUAUCCAUGCCCUUCCCAACGUCCCGCUCACCGAAAACUUCUCAUCCUUCGGCUUUGGGGCUUAUGCUCCCCGUGGCAAUACUAACGACGGCGGGGCAUUGGGUAUCAGUGAACCAAACAGUCCAAUCACUGUCGAGGGAAUCGAUCACAACUCCAAUGAGACUCACUCCAGCGGUGAAAACACAAAGAUAGACUCUCGCUCACCCAGUGGUUUUCGGGCUGCUUAUUCCAACGGGAAAGACAAUGGCGAAAAUGGUUACGGACAGUACCAUCGCGAGCCUGAAGGCUAUGAUGGCACGAACAAUCGCACCAAUCAUCCCAAGGGCCAUCCUUCGGCCGAGUCACUCUCGCCUUCCUCGCCAGCUUACGGACGAUAUCGACAAGGCACCUACGCUGUUGAUGGUCUUGAGUCAGGUCGUGCCUCGACCAUCGGCACUGACGCCGGCUACAACGGCGGUAUUCCGUACGAUUCUUCCCGGACAGCCCUAAAUCACGAGUGGCGCAACUCCGAACUCGCUAGCCAGGAUGGUGUUACCUUUGCCGACGAAAAAUACGGCACGGGCAAUUAUCCAACCAAAGACAUUUCUGAAGACCUUACCGGUUCAGGCCCAACUUACAUCCCCAUCCCUCCCUCGAGUCCCGCUGAAGACGAGAAGAAAGCCUCGCGGAUCUCCACCGAUGGUGUCGUUCGCGCACCCCCCGUUGUUGUGAGCCGUCAGAACCGUCUAGAAUGGAUCGACGGAAUUCGAGGCCUUGCUUCACUAGUCAUUUUCACUCAUCACUUCAGUGAUUUAACGUGGGCUCAAUCUCAUCCCGAUACACUCUCCCAGGGGAGUGUCUAUGGUCUGAUGCGCAAUGGGCAGCUGGCGGUUGGCAUGUAUUUUUUACUUGGUGGUCGAGUUCUUGCCCACUCUUUCCUCCGAUCAGCCUUCACUCGCCCAGUAGCCCCCAAGGACUCUCAUGGGGUUCCGAUUCCUGGCGGGAAAGCUGCAAGAUGGCAAGGCCCUCGCUGGUUGUCGCUUUCAUCUUCCCUAUUCCGACGGUCCAUCCGUCUGGCUUUUCCUGCCAUCGUCGUCGGUUUUCUUCAGUGGCAGAUUGCUUCCAGAAAACUGCUUGGUGAUCGACCGGUUACGGCUGCACGGAUCUUGACGCCCUCCUCACUAUGGAACCCAACUUGGGAUCACAUCGGCAAUUUCUGGGGUUUCUUGCAAUUCUGUCUUGACCUAUUCACCAACAGAGGUCAUCAGUACAUGCUCAACGUCGGUUCUGCGUUGUGGUCUACAUACGAUCAAUUUUGGGGCUCGGUGCUGGUUUAUAUCCUCGCAGCUUCUGUCGCGCAGGUUGGUUGGAUUGGCCGCUAUCUCACGUACUUUGUCGUCUGCGCCUCCCUGUGGUUUAUCAACAGCCCCAACAUGCUUUACGUCCUCGGUCUCUGGCUUGCCGAUCUCCAUGCUGCUGGUUUUGUUCGCAAGCUUCAAGAUCACUGGAAACCUACGAUGGCUGUGGAAAUUUCGGUGAUGAUAGUGGCUCUAGCAAUGAUCGCCGGUGGGACUAAAGUUGCCACUCCAGCUGACAAUGCUGUUGGUAACAUUACCGUCUACGAGGGUAAAUUUGGAUGGGACCAGAGUAUGACUUGGCCCCAAUAUAUGUUCAUGUCGAACUGGAUCCCUCCACUUUGUAUACUCAUCUGGGUCGAGGUUUCGCAUGCGAUGCAGUGGCUUGCCAGUUGGGGAAUUUUUACCUGGCUGGGUAAAGUUUCAUACGGGUUCUACUUGAUGCAAUUCAUCACUCUCUACAGCAUCAUGCCCCCGGUUAUUAUCUACUUGAAUGGUCAAGGCAAGAGCUAUUGGGACAUGGUCAUACCAGCUUACCUCAUCUGCCUUCUCUUCAAUAUCGUCGUGGCGUGGAUUGGCUAUCAUCUCCUGGAUCGUGUUGGUCUCAACUUGGCCAAGUGGAUUUGGGAUGGCUUCUUUGUAACUGCACCCUCCAACGCUGUGGCUCUUCCUCUGAAAGCUGCUCGUGCCUUUGGAAAUAUGCUCAUUAGCACCCCAGGAGGUUCGGCGAAAUACGUUACCAGCAAAGUCAAGACGAAAUUCCAAGCAACCCGCCAAGGACUCCACACACUCUUGAACUGGCGAACACCUUGCGUCAGACCGGCGAUCGCCGAUCCAGUCGAUCCCGAAGUCAUCAAUCAACUUCAUUCAACCCGGUGGACGUCUGACAUGAGCAGUGAUGAUGAAGCUGUCCGAACGGCUCGCCUGUUGCGAUUCCAACAAUACACAUGGAUGAUUCACAUUGUGAUCAUCCCGCUGGUCAGCAUACUAUGGGUUAUCUACCACCCCACCGGUACUUGGACUUACGAUGCUUUCACAUUUUCUACUUUGUGGAGGUUUAUGUGGGUACUCUCUGUGCCCAAUUGUUUGUUUGCCUUUGCCGGUUUCAUCACCCCCGAUCUCGCCCCAAGCAUUGCGACUCUCGAGAAGAAGCCCGUCUGUCGGGAAUAUGUCCGUAACUUCUUCAUCCUACUUGUCACUAAAGGAUCAAAUGAAAGUGCUGUCAGAAGAGGAUACAACAAGCUUGUACUGCUUGAAAAAUACCACCCAGCCGUCAAAGUGAUUGUCUUGACAGACGAACCUUAUGUAUAUCCCGAUCUGCAAAACAUCGUUUGUCCCAAGUCAUACGUCUCACCUUUGGGCAAGGCUAAAUAUAAAGCAAGAGCCUUGGACUACUUCCGAUACCACGUUUCCCUUGGGGUCUACGAUUGGAUCUUGCAUAUGGACGAAGAGUCUACGACAGACGGAGAGAGUUUGAGGCGUUGUCUCGAGUUUAUCAGAUACACACCUCAUCACUUCGGACAAGGGAUCAUCUUGUAUAAUGGUGAAGGCUAUUGGGACAAUUGGUACUUUACUGUCGCGGACGGUAUCCGUGUCGGUGAUGACUUGGCCAGAUUUCACUUCCAGAACACGGUCAUUCACAGGCCUGUGUUCGGAGUUCAUGGAUCGUUCUUGAUGACCAAUGGGGAGAUGGAGAACGAAUGUACUUGGGAUUUUGGAUCCUUGGCAGAGGACUUUGAGUUUUCGCAAGAUGCUUGGAGGCGUGGUUUUACUUGUGGAAGAGUACAUGGAAUCGUUCGUGAGCAGUCGCCCACGACCCUCCGGGAUUUCCUCAAACAGCGUCGUCGAUGGUUUAUGGGUAUUCGUGAUAUCGAUGGGCUCUACGGCUUACCGCAUUUGGCCGUCAACCUAUGGAUUGUGGGAGUAUUCACCCUUGCGGUGACGAUCAUCAACAUUCCCUUCCUACUGGUUGAUCAGUCCUUGACGCCGUUAUGGGUGGCCGUUUGUGCGGAUUUCUGUUUUGUGACGUUCUAUUGGCUCUACCUCUGGGGACUACUGUUCCAAGAAUUGGAUUACGGACAAAAAUGGUGGAGAAUUAUGAUCCAUAUUCCCUGUGCGGUUGUGAUUCAACCUUUUGCUUCUAUUGCUGAAGGCUUAUCCGCUAUCUGGGCCAUGAGCUCCGUGGACUUUGGUAAAUUUGAAGUCAUCGUCAAAAAAUAA